AUGACUCAAGAAAUUAUUUCAUCAGAUUCUUCCAAUGACAGACAAUAUGUAAUUAUCGAUUGGUAUUUACAACAACAUGGUAGUUUUAGUAGUCUUGGUCGUUGGCGAGACAUUUCACUAACACAAUUUACUUCUACUAAACAAUUAAUAGAUUAUUUAUUGCAAUACAUUGAACAGAACUAUAAACAUGUGAACAUUAUCGAUAGACAAUAUAAUGUUCUUGAUUUAUGUCGAAUAGCUAUCGAUGAAUCAGAUAGAUUGUUAGCUUCCAAUAGCAAUGAGAUUUCAUAUGUAACCAGUCGUCAUAUUUGGCCACCACAUCACAAGUUAUUGAUGGGAUGUUUAAUAGAUGCACAUAUUGUUGCUGCAUAUAAUGAUCAAUAUACAAUAAAUCUACAAAAACAACAUGACGAACAAGAAAAUGAUGAUACUACUUAUUGUUUAAUUAUUCAACUUGGAAAUCAUCCUACACAUGUAAAAUUUUUACGUGGUACCAAUUCUUUACGAGAAGAACUUUUACAAAGAUUUAAAUAUCCAUUUCAAACGAAUUCUACACCUACAGAAUAUCAAAAUGAAUUAUUUCUUCAUAAAAGUCAAACAUUAUCGAUACAAGAAUUUUGUAAUUAUGUGACAAGUCAAAGUUGGCAUGAGCUUGAUGGUACACAUUUGUAUGGUGUUCUCGUUGAUUUUAUUAUUGCUGGUGAAACAUUAUUGUUUCACGAACAGAUCAUUACAAAACUAACCAUGAGUCAUCGAGAUGAUGAUCGAAUUUCUGUAGCAGAUUGGUCUCAUAAUUUUACUCGAGGAAAAGAAGAAAAAGAACAUAUAUCUAGUUCAAAUCCAAAUAUUGAUAUCCAAUUGACUCGUCGUACAAAUCCUCGUCUUCUAACAAAAACUAUAGUUGAUGAUUCUCAAAAAAAUCUCCUUCCAAUCAUCGAUUAUGCUCUAGAACCUCUUCUUCCUCUACGAGAUGCAUGUUUACCUUUAUCUUCGAUUGUUUCUGAUGUGGAAAAUUAUGUAGAAAUAGCACUUCAACUAUGUUCACAACCAAAAGAUAAUCUUACACACGAUGAAUUAGCAGCACUUUAUCUAUACACAAUGGAAUGGAUUAAUGGAAAACGUAGUCUUUAUAGUCAUUUAAAUAGAACUCUAAGAAAUACAUCAAAUCGAGAUGAACUUCGACCAUGGUAUAAAUAUUUAAAACUUUUCUUGACAGCUCUUGCUAAAUUACCUUUUGUCCCGGCUCAAGUUGUCUGGCGUGGUGUAAAAAGAAAUAUCAGUGAAGAUUUUCCUCCCGGUUCUGAAAUAAUAUGGUGGUCUUUUUCAUCAUGUACUACUUCACUUCGAGUACUUGAAUCAGAUCAUUAUUUGGGUAAUACUGGCGAAAGAACAUUAUUUUCAAUUGAAACAAUCAACGGAAAAUCAAUCCGAUCCUAUUCACAUUUUAAUACUGAAGAUGAAAUGCUUCUUCUUCCUGGUACAUACAUGGAAGUUCAAUCACAAUUAAAUCCAGCACCAGAUCUUUAUAUAAUUCAUUUGAAACAGAAAGUACCUCAAGAAAUUCUACUUGCACCUCCUUUUGAGAGUGCACUUCUCUAUCCGAAGAUGGAAGUAGAACGACCAUGGUAUAAAACGAAAAUUUGUAUAUCUAGUAUAAGUAUCUUUAUGAUUAUUUGCAUUGUUGCUAUCAUAGUUGGUGCUGUUCUUGGUACAAGAACAAGUUCUCCUAUCGUUUCAUCAGUAUGCAAAUCUCGACAAUUCAAGAUCAUAGCAGAUAUACUUUGGUCUUUUGAUUGUUCAAGUGUAAUUGAUGAUAUUGGAGACGUAUACAAUGGUAUAACUUUCAAUAAUAUUACUUAUAUUAAUCCAGAUUUUUCUGGUCAAGGCAAAGCAUUAAAUUUAGAUGCAAAUAAUAAACAAUAUGUUGAUAUAAUUCCUUCACCUCAAUUUUCAAAACGAACAAAUUUUACAAUUAGUAUGUGGAUAGGUUAUGUUUACUUAUGGGGUGACGCCGUUUUAUUCAAUAAUUGUGAUAUGAAUCUUUAUCCAUACGCAUGUCUAACACUGGGUAUAUCGGAUCGAAAUGUUUUUAUGUCAUUAGCACAAAAGAAAGAAUCUUUUUUCGAUCCAAGCAAUCGUCUUUCUUCCAAUCGUAUCAUCGAUCGUCAAUGGAAUUAUCUGUCGUUUCAAUUUGAUUCUACAACAGGCAUUAUAUCAAUUUAUAUUAAUGGAUAUUUUGAUCGUUCAAAAAAUCUGACUGGAACCGAAGAUUUAAAUAUGUUUGUAGGAAAUGGAAAAACACGUAUUGGUGGUCCCAUAUCUUCAAAUAUUAGUUCCUAUAUUUAUGCUCAAACUAUGCUCGAUCAAAUUUCAAUAUCAUAUGAUUUAAAAAAUGCAAGUGAAUUAUUACGUGAAGCAUCAUUACUUUUUCAUUAUCAAUUCAAAAAUUCUAGUAAUAUAAAUGAUGAUUCUGGUCCAAAUGCAAUACAAGCUUAUAGUCAAAAUGUAUAUUAUUCUAAAGAUGGACUUUAUUUUAAUACAACAAAUUCAUUUUUCAAAACUUCAGAAUUUACUAUUAUUCAAUUAAAUGAUUAUACAUAUUCAAUUGCAUUUUGGAUUCAAAUUUCUAAUAUUGACUUGUUCAUAGAUGACCAAUCAAUACUUAUUUUUGAUUUAAAAACUAAAAUGUCACUUGGUGCACUUGAAUAUAGUUGUUUUUCUUAUUUUUAUUGGCAAUAUAAUGUUUUUCAUUAUAAACUUUUACGUUCUCAACUUGGUCUUACUAUUUCUACUAGUAAUGAUACGACACAAUUCGAAAUGAAUAAAUGGUUUCACAUAACAGUAAUUGAUUCACCGAAAAAUGGAAUCGCACUUUAUGUUAAUGGUCAACUGAGUGGAUUGUACAAUAAGACCACUACUAUUACCAUUACAUAUAGAUUUGAUAUAACAUUAGGUACAUCAAUGAUCAAUCAAUCACUUCCAAAUAUGUGGCCUUGCUUUGAUUCUUUAACAACACGAACUCAAUGGAAAGGAAUUAUUAAUGAUUUUAGAUUUUAUGCUCGUCAACUUAAUCAAAGUGAAAUUCUCGAUAUUAUCAAAAAUCAAAAUAUGACGAAUCAAAAGUAA